UUAUUUUACCUUUGCUCCUCCAAACGGCAGAGGGCAGAAAAUCCCAAAAGAUUCACCUCGCUGUUUUCCACUGACGUCAUUUCCUGUCAGCAAUAAACGUGCUCCGUGCUAAAUUGGAAAAUGGCAACAGGAGGCGGUAUCGAUGACUACCCCCAUGAGAUAGACGAGCAGCUCACGUCCUUCAACUCUUCAGUUGAUGCAGUUAAAACUGUGCUGGAUAAGUUGACGUUGAUGCCCAGAAAUGAGCUGUCGGAAAAGCUGGAUCCUUUGGAUCAAGCCAAGCUGGAUCUGAUGUCGGCCUAUACCCUGAAUUCAUUAUUCUGGAUGUACCUGGUAACAAAGGGAGUUAACCCCAGAGAACAUGGAAUCAAACAGGAACUGGAGCGAAUACGGACCUACAUGAGCAGAGUGACAGAGAUAACUGAGAAGAAGAAAGCUGCCCGUCUGGAUAAGGGAGCUGCCUCGCGCUUCCUCAGGAAUGCCCUGUACGAUCCCGAGGUCAAAGCUUCCCGGAGAAACGCCGCCUCCAAGCCAGCCACAGAAACGGCCUCCGACUCCGCACAUGCAAAGCGGCAGAAACGGAGCUGAGCCGAGGAUGGGACCCUUUUUUUUGAAGAAGUGUCAAAAAGACAGCAGAGGGCAGCAAACUGUAAAGCCCGGUUCACCUGAGGGACCCCUCAGGGGUCACUGAGGUGUAUCUAAUGGACGCUGAUCCUGAUAAGACUCUAGAUGCGAGUGGUAUUCUUUUAACUUUACGUUAUCUUGAACACAUCAGGGUGAUUCUGUGAAUCACGAGUUGGUCUUUGCUUUGUCCUUACACAUGUGCCACAUUUCAGAUGCCAUGUCAGGUAUCGCUUUUUCUGAGGUAGUUUGGCAUUUUUCCAUAAAAAUCCGAACAACAAAUUGUGUAAUUGGUCUAAUUUGUUCCUGAGUAUCUAGUUUGUUUUUUUAUUUCACAGUGUUAUGUUAUUUUUUUUACAUCUGAGGGAAAAGCCCUCAGUUUAUGCAAAUGAGGGGAUUUUCUGUCUUUCUUUGGAGCUAACUGAGUAAACAGAGACUACAAGCAGCAAUGUGCAAGCUUUGAUUAGUAUUUUUUGCGUUUUUCUUACAAAAAAUGUGUUAAACAGCACAGAAACUCU